AUGGGGGAUAUGGCAAGCCACAAACGCUCUAAGAGUGCCCGCGCACUUGCCCUGCUGCAUCGCGAUAAAUCCUCCAGACCCUCCAGGGGCGACAAUCCCCAGCAAGAGACCGAAGCUCUCGCAGAAUCCCCUGACCAGAAUGGCGUUACAACCACGGAUCCCAAGGCUAGCUCCGUCUCGCCAACCAACAAAGCGUUUCGCCUUUCCCGCUCUCACUCGCCUUCCAUGACUAAUCUACAGGUCACACCUGUGGGGCCCGAUGGUGCCCAUUUAAGCAGCAGCACAAGCGCUCAGAGCGCCAACCACGGAUCUUGUGGCGAGUUGUAUACCUGGCAAACUGGUUCCACCGACGGUCCUGAUCAAAGUGCUGAUCUUCCCGCGAGGCCCAGCGACAAAGGAGAUGAGUUGGCCAGAUCAGCCAUGUCUAUCGAACAAUCAGUGCGAACUUUUCGUCUCUUCGAAAUCCUACGAAGCGGAGAUACGACGGCCAUCUUCAAAGCAAUCAAGGAGUGUGCGGAGUACAAAGCGCAAGGAACCCCUCUGGGCACCGGCAUCCUCCACCUUGCGAUACAGUGUGCUGAACCGCAGGUUGUCGAGUAUGUCUUAUCUAGUAGUGCUGACCUAGAUAUUAAUGCGCGUGACCGAGAUGGCAACACUCCACUACAUCUGGCUGCUCAGCUGGGCCGUGUCCCCAUCGUCCGCGAACUUCUAGAGCGCCCGGAUAUUAACGAUUCCAUCGCCAACUAUAACGGCCAGAUCCCACUAGACCUUGCGCGAACACCAGAAAUUUUUCAGCUGCUCCAACUGUCGCGAUCUCUAUUUCUGGACAGCAAGACAAAAGAGAUCAAGUCCCUGAUAGGCCAGGGCGACUACGAAAAACUAGAACGUCUGUUGGUCGAACCGAGGGUUGAGGGUUUGCUGGAUACUAACAGCUUGGAUUUGGUCACUGAUCGAACAACUGUGAUUACUGGUGGGACUUUACUUCACGAGGCUGCCAGAAGGAAGGAUACGAAGUUAGUACAAAUUCUCUUAAUGCAUGGAGCUGAUCCAUUCCGGCGCGAUAGAAAAGGGAAACUUCCCCAAGACGUCACUAAGGAUGAUCGAACCCGUUCUAUCGUUAAAAAGUCCCCAGCCGCCGUCAUAGCCCAGCGAGGUAUUCAGGAAAAAGCCAUUUUAGGAAGCUCUGCGGGACAAGGCAGCGGAGGGCGACCGGGAUCUGGGGAGACAGCCCUGGUAGGAAAGGAUGCCCGAGAGAUGAAAGGGUAUCUAAAGAAAUGGACAAACUACACCAGCGGUUAUAAGCUGAGAUGGUUUGUAUUGGAGGAUGGCGUGAUGAGUUAUUACAAGCACCAAGAUGAUGCCGGCUCUGCUUGUCGAGGGGCGAUCAAUAUGCGGAUAGCGACUCUGCACAUGGAUGCACAGGACAAAACCCGAUUCGAGAUACAAGGCAAAUCAUCAGUCAAGUACCAUCUCAAGGCCAACCACAUCGUUGAGGCCAAACGUGCCAACGGGAAAACCUUGGGCCCUCCAUCAUCUCUUGGUAUACCAAGCCACGCCGGCUCUAGACUGAGCCUUCAAACUUCAAGAGAGAGCGCUCAAGGUGAAGAUGAUUCCACUUCUGGGCCGUACGAAUCUACCUUCAGCCCGUCGGACUCCAACCGAUUGCCAACCCUUGUCACCACCAGCAACCCAGUCGAAGGAGACCUCGAAGAUGACGAUUAUGGGGAUUAUGCCAGUAGCCAGGAGAUGCAACCUUCGAACAAAGACGCUUUCAAUAUCACCGCGGAAUCUAUUAAACUACAACUGGAGGUGCUGAGCAACGUCUCCGCAGCCCUGCAGGAGGAGAAAUCAUCAAGUCCUCAAACCCCACUUUCAGAGCCCUCAAUAGACCAAGCGUUAACUACUUACCAGCGAGGAGUCAGCAAUCUCACCUCCCUCGUAGCUGAUUUACUCAAAAUUUCAAAGGAUCGAGACGCAUAUUGGCAAUAUCGGCUAGAUCGGGAGGCAGAUGCGCGCAAGAUGUGGGAGGACAGCAUGGCUCGGGUUGCCCAAGAACACGAAGAACUUCAAAGUAGGAUUGGGGAAUCUGAGGAAAAACGAAAGAAAACUAAGAAAGCGCUCAAGGAAGUUCUUGAGCACCCCUCGGCUUCAACUAGUCAUCCUAUCAGCCGACGCCUGUCACAUGUCCAAAUUCAAGAUGCCCUGGAAGCCGUCGUUGAAGCAGGCUCCGAAACUCCCCCCUGUCUCGAUCACAAUGCUAGCCAGGAAUUGUCGAGAAAGCGGUCCAUAAUUACGGAAUUAACCAAGUUUUCUGAUUCUGAAUCUGAUGCAGACGAAGAAUUCUUUGAUGCUGUAGAUGCUGGCGAAGUGGAAGUUAUUGAAGUUCGACGAGGAAAGCCAGUAGAGGCAGCAGAAGCGAUUUCCGAUCUCCGAACUUUGAAAUACCAGGAAAUUGCCCAUUCAUUUAAAGGAUAUGAGGACCCAGUUAGAGUGAGGCUUAAGAUGGAUGCUGACAAUAGACCCAAGAUUUCUUUAUGGGCUAUCCUGAAAUCAAUGAUUGGCAAGGACAUGACCAAAAUGACACUCCCAGUCUCCUUUAAUGAACCAACAUCGCUACUCCAACGUGUAGCGGAAGACAUGGAAUACACAGACCUGCUUGAUCACGCUGCCGAUCUCCAAGACUCAAUGGAACGUAUGGUUUAUGUCGCUGCCUUUGCAGCGAGUGAAUAUGCUUCCACAAUUGGCCGCGUUGCGAAGCCUUUCAACCCACUGCUUGGGGAAACGUUCGAAUAUGUGAGGCCAGACAAAGGCUAUAGAUUCUUUAUUGAACAAGUCAGCCAUCAUCCUCCUAUUGGCGCCGCCUGGGCUGAGUCUCCGAAAUGGGAUUACUACGGUGAAUCAGCUGUAAAAUCAAAGUUUUACGGCAAGUCAUUCGAUAUUAACCCUCUCGGUACAUGGUUUUUGAGACUACGUCCUGUCAGCGGUGGUGAGGAGCUCUAUACGUGGAAAAAGGUUACGUCGUCGGUUGUUGGUAUUAUUACUGGCAAUCCUACCGUGGACAACUAUGGGCCCAUGGAAAUCAAAAAUUGGGCCACUGGUGAAGUCUGUUUGCUUGACUUCAAACCACGAGGCUGGAAAGCUUCCUCCGCCUACCAUGUUUCCGGCAAAGUGAUGGAUAAGGAGGGAUUCACGAAAUGGAGCAUUGGUGGCCGAUGGAACGACAAGGUCUACGCCAGACACACUCCAGGAUACCAAGAUUCGGUCACACCGCCAAGUGAGGACCUUCCUCGUCAGCAAGGAUCAACGCAGGCAUUCCUUGUUUGGCAAUGCAACACGCGACCAACCGGUAUCCCAUUCAACUUAACACCUUUUGUAAUCACGUUGAAUGCCAUCCCCGAUAACCUGAAACAUCACCUCCCCCCAACCGACACGCGGCUUCGCCCGGACCAACGCGCGAUGGAAGAUGGCGAGUAUGAAUUUGCAGCAACGGAGAAACAUCGUGUCGAGGAGAAGCAGAGGGCGAAGCGACGAGAACGGGAGGCCAAAGGCGAGGAGUUUGAGCCAAAGUGGUUUACUAGGGGCAAAUGUGAGAUCACCGGCGAGGAGUACUGGGUUUACAACGGUCGGUAUUGGCGGUGUAGAGAUGCUGGUGACUGGUCUGUCUGCGAGGAUAUAUUUUAG